CUCCCACCGGCUCUUAAGGGCCCGCAGCGGUUCCAGGAGCAGCAUGAAUCUGCGGCUCUGCGUGCAGGCGCUGCUGCUGCUCUGGCUCUCCUUGACUGUGGUGUGUGGAGUGCCCCUGAUGCAGCCUCCUGAAGGGAAGGGGCUGGAGCAAGGCAGCAUUCGCUAUCUGGUGCAGCCCAGGGCUUCAAGGAAUGGACCAGGGCCCUGGCAGGGAGGCCGGAGGAAGUUCCGCCGCCAACGGCCCCGCCUCUCCCAUAAGGGCCCCAUGCCUUUCUGAAGCAGGACUGACCCCCCCCCGCAACCAGGUGCCAGUGCACUGUGGUUCCCAGCACUCCACAGAUCCGUCUGCUUCUCUGGAACCCUCACAUCCAGUCAGCUCUUGUCUCACGCCUGUUCUAGCUCCUGAUGGUCCUGGCUCUUCUCACCCACCAGCUUCGUCUAAUGGCGUGGUCCCGCCCCGAAUUCGGAUGAUUCCAUUUCUCUCAUAAGGAUCCAUGGAGCCCAUCUUCCUGGCCUCUCCCUGGACUGACUUUGGACACCCAGCCUCUCCUGGGCCGCCAUACGCCCUGCCUCCACCGACCCUAGCUGAUGCCUCCACCCUCCACUUGACCUCUCUCCUGUAUCUGCCCUGGGAUCUGGGUGGAAAGCACUCCAUUCCUCAAUGGGCUCCUGCAGAUCCUUGCUUUCUUGUCAGUGAAUCCCUCACUUGGCCUCCAGAGAGGAAUCCAGAGGUGCACAAGGAGAGAUUCUAAUUAGAAGGGAGGGUGUGGGGAUCCAAAGAGGGUGCAUCGGGGGGCAUCAGAGUAGUGCACAUUGUGCCCUGGUGAAGGGGGUUGAAGCACUGGAGGAGGAAGGAUAGCACUGUGGCCUCCUCUUCAUGCCCGUGUCUGGUCCAGUGAAGGAAGAGGUGAGUGAGAGGAGCUCAGGAAGUACUUUGUCACACUGAGUCUCCUAACCCCUGCCCCACCUCAGCAGCUACGGUAGUUCAAGUUCUGAGUCAAGAGGGGAGGAUGCUGGGCCUGGCCUGGCUCUGUACUCUCCCAAGAGUAAAAGCUGGGCAGGAGGGUUGUUUUUGCCAAGACUCAUAGAAUAUCAGAGCUGAAAGGACCCUUGGAGAUCACUUAGCUCAGCCUCCUUAUGCAAAAGUCGGUGACAGCAGAGGCCUGGAGAGGGGAGUGAUUUACUCAGGGUCACUGCAGAGCUAGAAUGGGGACCUGGUCUCCAAAGCCCCACUUUAUGAUACCCUUGGCCCUCUUGAUGAUGUCUUCUCAAAACACAUGAAGUGCCUUUUGCUGGGGUUAUGGUAGAGUGGCUGGGAGGGCAGGGAGAAGCAAGUUGGCUGUGAACUGCACCAUUGUGGGGAGACAGAGUUGCUCCCACCUCCCUGCUCUCCAUAGGAUGGAAGGUUCCAUAAACGGCCAGCAGUACUCCUGGCCCUGGAGUACUUUAACAGGGCAGCUCAGGGCCUGAGACUACUAUUCAGACCCCAACACUGCCUGUCUGGAGCCAGAGGCAGCCUUAAAUAGUCAACUCAAUAGCCUCUGCUUUGUGUGGAUUGGACCGUCCUUCCUAGUGGCCUUUCCUGGUGGGGUCAGAGGGCAGAGCGUGGAGAAGAAGGGAGGAAAGGAAGGGGAGAAGGAAUAAAGAGAGAUAGGAGGAUGUGCAGGUGGGGUAGCACCCCUUGCCAGGAGGCCCUGUCUUUCAUGAGGGCCCUUCCAUGGCUUCCUCUGAAGGUGGACCCUCUUGGCUUUUACCUGAGCAGCCUUCCUUCUCACUGGCCUCCCAGGAGAAAAAAAAGGGAAAACAGAAGCCUGAUGCCCCCCUAUGUAUGCAUGAGGGCAGGGGGAGUCAGGGCCCCCAAGUCCCACAGUAACCCCAGUGUUUGCCUACGCCUCCCACUCAGUCUUUUCCUUCCCCUCUGCCACUGCUCCUGCUGCUGCUACUGCUGCUACUGCUGCCACCUCAAGGCCCACCCUGGGAAGCUGCGCUGGGCAUAGCCUCCAACCCAACUGGGCAUGGAGUGGGGCUGGUCAGUGUCCAGAGAAAGAAAGUCUUCUCUGCCACUGGUAGCCCCACCAGGGACCUGACCACCUUCCUUCUCUUCCUCCUUUCUGCAUCCCAUGCCUCAGCAGCCUGCCAUGACCUGUAGCCAUGGCCAGCCCCAUGGGGAAAAGGACAGAAGAGGGAUGAUGGCUGGGAAAGAUGGGGACAUGGCAGAGGAGGGUAGUGGGUGGGUCAAGGGUGUUGUCUUAUUUAAAGUGGUUGUGUAUGAUUCUUCUACUAAUUUAUACAAAGAUAUUAAGGCCCUUUUCAUUAAGAAGUUGUCCCUCCCCCAUAAUUGUGUUCACUGUGUUUGUAAAGAUUGUUCUGUGUAAAUAUGUCUUUAUAAUAAAGAGUUAAAAGCUGA